AUGCUCUUUUAUAAACUAUUCAUACUUAUUCUCUCUAGGAGCUCCAAGCUGGUGACUAUGCAAUACCCUUCACUAUCUUCAUUAUUUCUCUAAAAAAAUUAACAAAUUAUCGACUAACUCAAAGCAUUUAUUUUGGAUUGGAAUAAUUUGACCCUCUUUAGCAAUAUUGUUGAACAAAAUCAAAAACCUGAAACUAUUUUUGUUUUCUAUUCCCUAAUGUAAAAGUCAUGGAUUAAGAUGCUAAAAAUUUAUAAUAUGCUACAAUUUUCAUUUCAAAAAUAAUCUACUUUCAAAUAAAUAAAAAACAAUGAAAUUAUCAUCACACCAUAAUAGAUGUUACUCAUGUUGAUAUUUUAAUUAUUUUUCAAUUGCUUAAAUCACAAAAGAAAAUAUAUAAAAUUAUAAGCUAUUCGAUUUGUCCUUUUUUAAAUAUUGGACAUACCCAUAGAAAAACUAUUAAUUUUUUGAGAUGAUGAUCAGAUCAAUGAUUAUAUCCAGGCUUUAGUGGAUAAGCUACUAAUACCAAUAAGAUAAAUAAAAAACAUUUGGGAUAGGUUAAGAUUACUUUACUACAUAAAUUAAAUACAUAUUGGAGUGUGUUCAUGAAUAUUAAGUGUUAAUAAAUCUAUAGUUUAAUAAUACUAUUAUAAA